AUGCUGCUGAGAACAUAUGACAGCCUUUCCAAAAGCGUGAUGAAGCGUAUAUAUGAAGUGGUUGACAGAACUAUUGAUAACGUGUCAUUAAAGGACAAUGUAAUUACUAUAGAUAUUCCCAAUAAGGGUGUGUUUAUACUAAACAGGCAGCCAACAAAAGAGGAAAUAUGGCUCUCUUCUCCAAUUUCUGGCCCAUACCACUUUCGGCAAAGUAGAGGCAUAUGGGCUGAUAGGCAAGGAAAUAACCUAUUAAAAGUAAUUUCUAAAGAGAUUCUUAAUAACGAAUAUUUACUUGAAUAAGCAUUUAUUGUGUUUUUUUCUGUACAGUCAUCCGCCUGAAUAUUUCAUAGUAGGCAGUUACAGGAAUAAUUAGCAUAAGAAUGAAUGCCUUGCGCCCGAAGAAUAUACCAAGUACUUCUACUGCAUAGAAUGUAUACAGCAUGUCUAUGAAAAUACGAAUAAGCCCUCUGCCAUGCAGAUCCACACCACCAUCCUUUAUUUCAAGGCCUCUGCUGGUUUUUAUGAAUUUUGGGUUUACUAAGUAUCCCAGGAUCCCCAGUAUAAUGGCCUCAACUAUUAUAGAAGCA